AUGGCUCUAUUUCCUGAAGUAGAAGUAGAAGAAUCAAAUCUUUCUAAGGAAGUUCUUGGGGAGCUGCCGAAAAUGGUUGCUAUUGCCACAGAGGAGGAACCAUGGACCCUCUACUUUGAUGGGUCUUCUACAUUGAACGGUGGAGGAGCAGGUGUAGUGCUCAUUAAUCCCGAGGGGCAAGCCACGACCCUCUCAUUCAAGCUAAAUUUCCCAUGCACAAAUAAUACGGUGGAAUAUGAGGAUUUUAUUACGGGAAUGUCUAUAGCAAGGGAGAUGGGUGGGAGUUUUGCUGUGAAGGAGGCAACAUUGGCGCCAUAUCGUACAGUUACUGAAAGGCUUGUCAAUUCUUUCAAACAAGUCGUGUUGGAACAUAUUUCGGGGGUCACUAAUAGAUAUGCUGAUGCUUUGGCUACAUUGGGGUCAAAGCUCUCAUUUGUCGAAGAGCAGCCCAACAUUACUGUGAUAAAAAAAGAUAUGCUAGUAGUCGAAACAAUGACUCAAGAUGAGCUGCUGGAAGAAAGUGACUAG